UCUCGCUCUCCAGCAUGGUCGCCUCCUAAAGCUUCCCCGCACGUGCGGCAGCUCCCGGUUUCUCAGCCUCUGCGUUCAGUUCAGUUCUGGUUUAUUUAUUCAGGAGUUAAACUUGGGUUUAACUGCGCUGUAGCUUAAAGUUUCACCGGCGUCUCGAAGAAGAAGCCAGGAUGCAGCACGACAGCGUAAUAUGGGAUCUUAUCAGCAAUAGGCAGUUCUGCUCUUAUAAAGUCAAAACAAAGACGCAACAGUUCUGCCGGAAUGAGUACAACGUCACCGGCCUCUGCAAUCGCCAGUCGUGCCCUCUGGCCAACAGUCAGUAUGCCACAGUCCGAGAGGAGAAAGGUCGGUGUUACCUCUACAUGAAAGUUGUCGAAAGAGCAGCGUUCCCAGCUCGCAUGUGGGAGAAGGUAAAGCUGAGUCAGAACUAUGAGAAGGCCCUGCAGGAAAUCGACGAGAAUCUCAUCUACUGGCCACAUUAUAUGCGGCACAAGUGCAAACAGCGCUUCACUAAGAUCACACAGUAUCUUAUCCGCAUCCGCAAACUCACACUGAAGAGGCAGAGAAAAUUGGUCCCACUUAGCAGGAAGGUAGAGAGGAGAGAGAAAAGGAGAGAGGAAAAAGCUCUUAUUGCUGCUCAGCUGGAUAACGCCAUAGAGAAAGAGCUACUGGAGAGGUUAAAACAGGGCACGUAUGGAGACAUCUACAACUUCCCAGUCCAUGCUUUCGAUAAGGCCCUGGAGAAACAAGAUGUGGAGAGUGAGACAGAAUCUGAAGAAGAAGAGGAGGAGGAGGAAGAGGAGGAUGAGGACGUUGGUAAAAGAGAAUUUGUGGCAGCUGAUGAGAUUGAAGAAAGUGAUCUCAGUGACUUUGAGGAUAUGAACAACGUAAAGGCCAGUGAUGAUGAGGAGGAGGAGGAAGAGGAAGAGAGUGAAGAAGAGGGUGAAUCAGAAGAAGAGAUGGAGGAAGAAAUGGAAGAAGAGAGAGAGCCCCCAGCCAAGUCAAAAGGAAAGACCCCACUCAAAGGACCAGUGAGGAAGAAGCGAGCUUAUGUGGAGAUCGAGUAUGAGCAGGAGAUGGAGCCUGCCUCUAAGAGCAAAGCCUCGUAGGGACUGAAGCAGAACGGACACAACACCAACUCUGUGGCCUUCGGCUUUUCGUAGACUUUGGGUGAACUUUCCAGUCGUGAUCACUAGCAGCCAGUUCAAAGUCGUGUCCAUGUACUCGUACGGCCUGUCCGGCAGGAGAUCUCUGCUCAGGGAUGCCUGUGGUUAUUUCAGUGUGAGCAGUUUUCUGUGUAUCUAUGCUGUUGAUAAGCAUAGUUCUUCUUUUAUGGGUUGUAAUCAGUGACACUGAUUUAAAACGGCUGAUAACGAUGACAAUUGAGAAAAAAAGUAAUUCAAGCUCCCCUAUAAAGACUUUCUAUUUUUAUUUUUUAAACCUAAUUGUGUUAAAACUGUUUAGUUUCUGCAUAUUUCCUUUCUGUGUUUCCUCAUAACUGUUUAUAUUCCUCAUGUUUCUUAAGCUUUUGACAUUUUAAACACGAGAAAAUACAGUAAUAUUGUUCGAAACAGGAUGUGGGUGUUCAUAAAAUAACAAAUUUGAAUUUAAAGUUUACACACAAUCUUGAAAGGCUUUUCUAAAGUAGUUCUAGGGUGUUUUCAGUGACCCUGUUGAAUGGUUCGUUGUGGCCUGCAUUAGCUAGUAGGGGAUGCAUGACAAUGUUUUUAAAGUCAGCAGUUAUUUGACGAAAGUCUAGUCGAAGUUGACUUAUCACUGAUGGCGUCAUGAAUCAAAGCACAGGAGAAGGAAAUGUUUUGCGUGCAACAGCUAUAAAAAAGUCGUGACUUCUAAAAUCUGAGGAAGAUGCCUCACGUGUAACGUGCCCUUUUUAGCGAGUCCUGCAAUUCUAUUCCAAGCCUUCAAGAAAGUGGCGGUAUGGACCCCAGUAUCUUGAUUUGUAUCCGAGUUGGACACACCCUUUAAGGUGCUCGUCAGCGAGUAACAGACUUCAUGCUUUACAGGAUAAAACGCCUUGUGCCCCCUUUCUGACUUUAUUGUAGUCUUUAGAAAACUGGUGCUAACAACAUUUGAUGUCUGAAUGGAAGCUUGUGUUGCGCCAAAAUGUGUUCAGUGUUUUAAUGGUGCUUUCACAAAUGUGCAGGCUACCCUCUAUGACCCAACCCAGUACCAUGACAGAUUCUGGAUCUUCAACUUUAUGCUGGUAACAGACUGGAUGGUUCUUUUUGUCUUUGGUCUGGAGAACAAAACAUUCACUAUUUCUAUUAACAGUCAGAAAUUUUGACUCGUCAGUCCACAAUACACAUUUCCUCUGAGAAUCUGUCUACCUCAGAUGAGCUCGAGCCCAGAGAAAGUGGCAGUGUUUCUGGUCACUGCUGUUAUGACUUACUACAGGCUUAGGUUGCAUUUGUGGACCCUCGGACAGACGGUGUUCAUUUGCUACAGUUUGUCAGAGUAUUCUGGAGCUCAUGUUAGAGAAACAUGUUGGUUAUUAGUGCAGUGGCACCACAGGGAUUGGAGGUCAUAAGCAUUCAGUUAUAGUUUUUGGCCUUGACACCUACAUUACGCCUGAGCCCCUGAAUCGUUUUAAUAUUACUCACUGUAGAGGGUGAAACACCUACAAUAUUGCAGUCACUUAUUGAGCAAUGUAGGUGCCCCUAAGGUGACUUGGCCAUUAUUUUUUAAUAAGCCGUGGCCACGACUAACUACAUUGAGGCCACAAGUUGAGUGUCUCGUAACUCCAGGCCUCAGAAUAUUUUUUAGACCUUAGACAGUAACUUACAGAGCCCUGCUCAUGACAUCCCAUAUAAACCGCUGGUCACUAUCGCAUUGCAGUUACCUAACAAAAUGCCAAAAGUGAAGGGUUUAAGAUGAAUAUAAUAAAAAAAAUGAAAGUUUGA